GCGCGACGACUUUGUUUCCCAAACUACUGAUCAAUAGCUUCACACUAUUCAACUUGCCAAACCUCGAGAGAUUUUGCCCUGAUGCCUAUUCUUUUGCAUGGUCCUCCUCCACGAGAAUUAUGAGGGUGAUACGUUGUCACAAAUUAAAGACAUUGGGUUUUGCACCAGUAAGCAAAAAGCUGCCGGCAGUUGCAAAGAAUUUUAGUGAUGAUCAUGUAAGAGGUAGAGAAGAAUCAGGAUCUGGAUGUGCAUCAUCAACUGGAUCUGGAUCUGGACUUGGAUGUGCGCCACUAGUUUGCUUACAAAGUCGUCCAUCCACUCGCAACUUUACUCAAAUAUUGCCCUGCCCUGUAAAUAGAGAGGUUACGCCGACAAAUCUUCAGACUUCAAGUGCUAGCGACAAUCUAGAACAUCUCGAAGUAAAAGGGUGCGGUUUAUUGGAAGUGAUAUUUUUGGUUCAAGAAACCCCUUCUACUCAAGCAUUUGAUAAGCUCAAGGAAUUGAGGUUGGGGGAUUUACGAAUGCUGAGCCACAUAUGGGAAAAGGGUUUACAAUUUAGCUCAGGCUUUGGAAACCUGAGAUUACUGCAAGUAUGGAGGUGUCACAAAUUGAGAUACUUGUUUUCACCGCAUAUAGCCAAACUUCUUACCUGCCUUGAGAGAAUAAAAGUAAUGUAUUGUAGUGCGAUGGAGAAACUUGUUGGAGAAGCAGAAGGAGGAGGAGAAAGUAUUAAGGAUGAAUUGACAUUUCCGCACGUGAAUUCUAUCCAACUUGAGGAUUUACCCGAACUUGAAUCUUUUUGCUCUCAAGCCUAUACUUUGAAGUGGCCAGCCUUGGAGAAAGUCCACGUUUAUGAGUGUCCAAAAUUAAAAGUGUUUGCUUCUGAGUCUCUAUAUGUAUAAGCAGCCAACAUGUGUCUAUGAAGAAUAUCAUCAUAAGCCAAGAAGCUAGGGCAAGACUACAUGAUAUGUUGCGGUGCACAUCUACAAGAUACCAUGACAUACCAAUUUCGUAAUUACUGUCGCUUUCAUCACUGAUUAUACAUGUUAAUGUUCCUCAUAUCCUGCCAUUGCAUCUCUUUGAUCAGAUAAUUUAGUUAUUAUCUUUAGUUGUAUUAUAAAACUGGAUUUAUUUGGACCUUCCUUUUCGUAUGUAAUAUUACCAUAUUGAAUCUUUGGAUGUUGGCUCAACUGUUGGU